GCAGCGGGAGCUGCGGAGUGGGCUCGCCCAGCAAGAUCAAGGGUCCGGGCGUGGGGCCGAGCACGGAACCCCCACCCCCUCCCACACACACCCCCGGCUCGACCACCCUGUCGGCCGCCCCGACGCCUGGGCCGCGGAGUUCGUGUCCCGGCUCGGACCCCGGCGCCCAGCCUGGAGCCGUAACCUUGAGGAGGCGGCGCCGGCGGGGCUGGGCCGGGCCGGGCCGGGGGGCGGCGGCGGCGCUGGAUCCACGGUUGUCGGAACGUUGGCGGGAGAUGUCGAACCCCGGGACGCGCAGGAACGGCUCCAGCAUCAAGAUCCGCCUGACAGUAUUGUGUGCCAAGAACCUUGCAAAGAAAGACUUUUUCAGACUCCCUGACCCCUUCGCUAAGAUUGUCGUGGAUGGCUCUGGGCAGUGCCACUCGACCGACACUGUGAAAAACACAUUGGACCCAAAGUGGAGCCAGCACUACGACCUAUACGUUGGGAAAACGGAUUCUAUAACCAUCAGCGUGUGGAACCACAAGAAGAUUCACAAGAAGCAGGGAGCAGGCUUCCUGGGCUGUGUGAGGCUGCUUUCCAACGCCAUCAGCAGAUUGAAAGACACUGGCUACCAGCGUUUGGAUCUGUGCAAACUAAAUCCCUCGGAUUCUGAUGCAGUCCGUGGCCAAAUAGUGGUCAGUUUACAGACGCGAGACCGAAUAGGCACCGGAGGGUCGGUGGUGGACUGCAGGGGAUUGCUAGAAAAUGAAGGAACCGUGUAUGAAGACUUGGGGCCUGGAAGGCCGCUGAGCGGCCUCAUGGAGGAGCCGGCCCCGUACACGGAUGGCACUGGAGCGGCGGCGGGCGGCGGGAACUGCAGGUUUGCGGAAUCCCCGAGUCAAGAUCAGAGACUGCAGAUGCAGCGGCUGCGGAAUCCCGAGGUGCGCGGGUCACUGCAGACACCCCAGAACCGACCGCACGGCCACCAGUCACCAGAUCUGCCAGAAGGCUACGAACAGAGAACAACGGUUCAGGGCCAAGUGUACUUCUUACACACGCAGACUGGAGUCAGCACGUGGCACGACCCCAGAAUACCAAGAGACCUUAACAGUGUGAACUGUGAUGAGCUUGGACCGCUGCCGCCAGGCUGGGAAGUCCGGAGCACUGUGUCGGGGAGAAUAUACUUUGUAGAUCAUAAUAACCGCACGACUCAGUUUACAGACCCCCGGCUGCACCACAUCAUGAGCCACCAGUGCCAGCUGAAGGAGCCCAGCCAGCCGCCGCCGUUGCCCAGCGAGGGCUCCCUGGAGGAGGAGGAGCUGCCAGCACAGCGCUACGAGCGCGACCUGGUGCAGAAGCUGAAGGCGCUGCGCCACGAGCUGUCGCUGCAGCAGCCCCAGGCCGGACACUGCCGCAUUGAGGUCUCCCGCGAGGAGAUAUUCGAGGAGUCUUACCGGCAGAUCAUGAAGAUGCGGCCCAAAGACCUGAAGAAGCGGCUUAUGGUGAAGUUCCGCGGGGAGGAGGGCUUGGACUACGGUGGCGUGGCCAGGGAGUGGCUGUACUUGCUAUGCCAUGAAAUGCUGAACCCCUACUACGGCCUCUUCCAGUACUCCACAGACAACAUCUACAUGCUGCAGAUCAACCCCGAUUCCGCCAUCAACCCGGACCACCUGUCUUAUUUCCACUUCGUGGGGCGGAUCAUGGGGCUGGCGGUGUUCCAUGGGCACCACAUCAACGGUGGCUUCACAGUGCCCUUCUACAAGCAGCUGCUGGGCAAGCCCAUCCAGCUGUCUGACCUCGAGUCUGUGGACCCGGAGCUGCACAAGAGCCUGGUGUGGAUCCUGGAGAAUGAUAUCACGCCAGUGCUGGACCACACAUUCUGCGUGGAGCACAACGCCUUCGGGCGCAUCCUCCAGCACGAGCUGAAGCCCAACGGCAGGAACGUGCCGGUCACAGAGGACAACAAGAAGGAGUACGUGCGGCUGUACGUGAACUGGAGGUUCAUGAGAGGCAUCGAGGCGCAGUUCCUGGCGCUGCACAAGGGCUUCAAUGAGCUCAUCCCGCAACACCUCCUGAAGCCCUUUGACCAGAAGGAGCUAGAGCUGAUAAUAGGUGGGCUGGACACUAUCGACGUGAACGACUGGAAGUCCAACACACGGCUGAAGCACUGCGCAGCCGACAGCAGCGUGGUCCGCUGGUUCUGGCAGGCGGUGGAGACCUUCGACGAGGAGCGGAGGGCCCGGCUCCUGCAGUUCGUGACGGGCUCCACGCGGGUCCCCCUGCAAGGCUUCAAGGCUCUGCAAGGCUCUACAGGCGCGGCAGGGCCCCGGCUCUUCACCAUCCACCUCAUCGACGCCAACACCGACAACCUGCCCAAGGCCCACACCUGCUUCAACCGCAUCGACAUCCCACCGUAUGAGUCGUUCGAGAAGCUCUACGAGAAGCUGCUGACGGCUGUGGAGGAGACGUGCGGCUUUGCCGUGGAGUGAGGACGGCGCUCGCCCCACCACCGAUCAGAGGCCUCUGCGCAGCCAGCCGAGAGGCCGGCACCCCAGCCCCGGGCGGGAGGACAGGGACACCGCGGGGCGCCCUCCACCGCCACCCAAUAAAGCGCAGCCAGGUUUCACCCCGGCCUCGUGGCACGGCAAGCAGGCGGGCCGCCAGCCCAACCCACGCGGGGACGGCAGCUGGAGGCCCCGGCCGGCCCGCAAGGUCCCUGCGCUGUGCCCCAUCCACCCGCUUGCAAACGGCCACGUGGGACAGCGCGGGCCGGAGCGCCGGCACCCACGCGUAGCACGGGGCAGCACAGGGUAAUAGCCGGCGCUGCUGCCCGCGGCUGGGCUCCCGCACACAGCCCUGCCCAGCCCGGCAGCCACCGGUGCCCACGGAGUGAGCGCGGGCAGCACCGACUGUCCAGGCCGGAGUGGCCUUCCAGCCUCACCCCACUCGCGUUUCUGCCUUGCCCCCUGGGGCUCAUCCCGUUCACAGCCACCACGAGGGAGCCGGGCUCACGCCGCCCCUGCGCCUUCAGCAAGGCCUGGCCUCCGGCCUCGCGUGUCACUGACCCCACCCGCCAAGUCCCAUCCCGCGCGACUGCGUCCCAGCCUGUGGCACAGGCCUCGGCAGCCUCAUCCAUCACCCACCGGCGCUUCCCUGCCCGUGAGCUUCAGGGCGCGGCCGCACUCAGGGAUGCGGGGGACUGCGGCGCCCACCUGAGACUCUGCCCCAAGGCGGUUCCGGCCCCACGCAGCCGGCCACGCGGCCGCCGUGGCCUUCCUGAAACAUAGUAUGGAUUUUAAAAAUCGGUUUAUUUUUGUUUCUCAACCACUUUAUAAUGUAUUUUUAAUUUAUUUUGUAACGUCGUGUUGGGAGUACUGCUGCUAGCCCCCGGCCGCGGCCACGCGCGGCCAGCACAGAGCUCGGAGCAUCCACGCAGCGCCGGCGCUGUGCCUGCGGCCCCACGGCGCUGCGGGCCGGGCGGCCAGGUCCAUUUUGUUACACAUGCAAUAAACUCACGA